CGUCACAUCCUGUGACCGCUGCUAAAGCAUCUGAGCAAUCAGAGGACCUCGUCUCAAUGUUGCGCUGGAUUGCAGCAUCCUUGUGCCUGCGAUGUCAACAUGUCCCACUUUUACCUUCAAACCUCAGGGCUUGUUCGACUCUCAGCUCUGUGGAGAACCAACAGACUGUGGAAGCUCUUUAUGAGCUCUCUGUGGACAUCCAGAAAGUUCGUAAACUUAAAGGAUGGGUGCUACAUCAAACUCCAGCCUACACUAAGGAGGUAGCUUGCCUGCUGAGAAACAUGGGAGCCUCGAGCCCCAUCAUUGCUCAUAUCUUGGUCGUUCACCCUGAGGCUGUCCUCUGCAAUCCAGAGCAGCUGCAGGCUCAGCAGCAGCUAUGGAUGUCUGUUUGUCGGAACCACAGAGAGCUGAUUGGUAUUAUUGAGAAAUUCCCAGCCUCCUUCUUCACCGCAUCCAGUCACCAUGAAAACCAACGGAACAACAUUGCUUACUUCCAGAGCCUUAACCUCAACAAACGGAUUAUUACCAAACUGAUGGCCAGUGCUCCACAGAGCUUCAGCAGGCCUGUAGAGCAGAACCAACUGAUGGUCUGCACCCUCCAACAGGCCUACAGGGAGCUUGGUGGGGAUGAAGCCAACAUGAAAAUAUGGCUGCAGAAGCUGCUGAGUCAGAACCCAUUUGUUCUAUUAAAACCACCGGAGAUGCUAAGACAGAAUCUGAUGUUCCUUAAAGACAAAGGGUUCACCACAGCAGAGCUCCUCCGACUUCUCUCCAAACUGAGGGGUUUUGUCACUGAGCUGAAUCCGGACAGCAUGUGUAGGACCCUGGCUUUCUCUCAGGAAACCAUCGGCUGCUCUGAUGCAGAGCUGAGGGAGAUUAUCCUCGAAUGUCCAGCUCUUCUUUACUAUCCAGAAUCGACUUUGGCCGAGCGCUUUGAGGGCCUCCUCAGCUCUGGAAUCAGCAUGCCUCAAAUCAUAAAGACUCCAACUGUCCUGGAGCUGACCACGCAGAUUGUAAAAUACCGCAUCCACCAACUGAAAAUACGUGGUUAUGAUAUUAGCACAGGUAGUCUAGACAUCAUAAACGGUACAAAGAAAGACUUUGAGAUGAGCUUUGGGAAACUGCAGCUGCGCAGAGAGAGACCUCUUUUUAAUCCUGUUGCUCCUCUAAAAGGAGAUGACUAAGCAGAUGAUGGAUUUAUAAAAGUAGUAACUGAUAAUUAGUCUUUGCUUGUUGUUCUGAUGAGGAUUUUUAAUGCGUGCCUCUAUCAUAAUACUGUACUAAACUUAAUGGUGCACUCAUUUUUAAGGUUACGUUUGCAUGAUGGAAAUUCAGCAUAAAAUAUCUAAGGAUGCCUUAAAUAUUUAACUGAAACAACCCCUGGUGGGAAAUGUUCAAGUUUAAAAUUGAACGUGGGUAAAAGAACUUCUAAUGCAGUUUUCUUCACAUUAAUCGAAAGAUUAACCUUAAGUAUUGUGCUUUCUUUCCAACUGCUGCCAAACCUCCACAGGUUUCAGAAUGUUAAGUUAAUAAUAUCCAAUUAAAAUGUAAUCACUGAGCCAUGUGUCAUUUUUGGUGUUAUUUUGGGUUUUGUUAGGGAUAUGGGAUAAAUGAAAUAGCUAAAGAAGUUGGAAUAAGGUGGGGCGCCUUCGUCACUGUUAACAGGAAAGGGAAUUUAACUUUAACAUGGUUUUAGAGCCUCCGAACAGCAACCCUUUCUUUCUGUCAAGGAGCAAUUUUUUUUUUACAGGAAGUAAAGCUUUAUAAGUAAGUCUUAAUAAAAUCAUAUUAAAGCAACUUUUUAGCACAGUUGAGGGUCUUUUUUUGCCUGAAAGCGUCCCAAUUUACACAGAAAAUGAUCCAAUAUUCUUACAGAAGCUUAUUGAUGUUGUGGUCCUUCUACACACUGCAUGGAAAUUAAACCAAAUUUUUGUGGAGUUAUUAUUGAUGUUUUCUUGUUCAUUUUUACAAAAUAAUUCUUGAAUGUUUUCUUUCAAAGACACCUGAUAAGUGCUUGAAAUCUCAGUGCAUCCACCUGCUUUUGUCUCUUAAGCAUGAGGUGCGAAAUCUUUCACUUACAUUACAUAUAAACUGUUGUGAUGCUGUUUCCACCUGCUCUAGAAGCUGCUUAAAGUCAAAUAUGCCUCAAACUUUCCCUCUUUUAAACUUCCUCAGUGUCAUAAAAAUAACUGAUUCUCCUACAAGUAUUAUGGAGUAUUAUUUGCUUCUUCCAGCAGAACAGGGUGAUGUUUUACCGCAGGUAGCUACUGUAGUAGUAGAAAAUGAUACUUAUUUUUUGACUUAGUCAUGUGGUUUUUCCCAAUUAAGCUUGACAGCAGUGUGCUGUUAUUACACUGCAAAUCUUUAUUGGAAGAAAUGAAGGGGAAAAUGUGAUGACAAAAAGAGAAAAGCAACCCCAUCAUGAUGUCUAACAGUGUUUUUUUUUUUUUUUUUUGAAUAAAGGCUGUCUUUUUUUCCAGAUGGGAAAAAUUUCACAGCUCAUUAAAACAUCACACCGUCACAAUAACUUCUCAUAAGAACUCUGCUUGACAUAACAGCCUAAUGACAGACGUGCUGAGUUGCUGUCAAAUGUAUUAUUGAGCAUAAAUUAGGCUUUUCAGUCCAUUUUAUUUACAGCCGGAGUCUCAUUUUUACGGGAUUCUCUGCAACUCUUCCCCUGAGGGAGGAAAUACAGCUCGGAGUUUUAUUGUUGCUCUGCAGAUGGAAGCACUUUAUUAUCAGCUACUAAAGUGCCGCUUAGUUAUCACUUUAAAUGGACUGGGAACAUCAACAUUUGAAAAGAUUUGGGUCAGUAAUAAAUAUUAGAAUGCUUCCGAGCUUUAAUUUCAUCUGUAUUUGAAAAUCAAAUGAUUGUCAGGCCUUUCAUCCAAAAGCCUUUAUGCUCAGCUUUAUUUGUGAAAGAAUUUGAUGUCCCAAAGCUUAAAAUGCUUCUGAAAAUCUUUUGAGUGAGGAAGGGAUGCAGGGAAAGGCAAAAAAAUAUCAUACUGUGCUUUGUCCAUAUCAGGAGGGCAUGUUAUAAUGAAUCUGCUGUGAUGUUUGAGCCCAUGAAAGCCCUUGAAACACAGGGAGACUUUUUAAUGAGAGUGAGCUUCUCAGCUAAUGAAGCCAUGACUUUAUGCCUCAAGGUUUCCUCGUGCCACAAUAGGGGGGUCAUGACUGAGACAGAGGAUGUGUGCCUCCAGAGUUGUGCAGUUGUACUUUAACAACAUCCUCUUCCCAUCUGCUGCCUUCAGGAUCACUCACUGUAGUCAGAGUGAUAGCCAGCAGGCAGGUGAUGCAACACUGAGAGCAUCUGGUAAUGAAUCUGAGUUGAGCAGAUGGAUGUCUGACCAGAGUUCAUUUUUCCUGACCAUUCCCAACAUUGAAUGCCUGAGGGGCAACAACAUUACCACCAGUACACUGUAGCUGAAGUCCUGAAGGUCUCUUAUUUUUCAGCGGCUGUAAUUCUAACUGACCGUGCUGCUUGGUUAUGGUUUAUGCCUUUCUUCAAUGCAGAGUAAUAAAAACAAGGAGUUAAUCAGGAUGAGUCAAGGUGAGAUGAGACGAGCUUGGGGUAUUUCUCACCCACCGUCCUUUCCUCCUUUUCAACAGCCGCCUCAUUUCCUACUAAGCUGUUAAAUUACUCAGACAAGCACGAAAGGAAAUAUGAGAGAAGGUGGAAUUCUUUGUUAUUUCAAGUGAGCCUGAAUUAGUGCUUUUAUGGGUCGUAUCUCAGCAGAAACAGAUGACGAAUGCAAUGAUUUCCAACUGUAGUAAGUACACAGAUGACCUUAUUACCUGAUUUAUGCACUAUGUGGGUUUCAUAUUUAAAGGGUCCUCUUCAAACACCAUCUAAAUGAGAAGAAAUAAACCCUUUGCAGCGGAGAAAUGUAAAAGCUAUCUGACUCAUUAAAUUUGAUUUCAAAUUUCAUGCACAUCGUCACUCUCAAAGGCUGUAUAAGGUUUUACUGCAAAGGAUUUUUCAUGGAAAUUUUCUUUCUCUCUAUAUGUUCAAUUAAAGUGUCUUAAAACCCACGUUUCAUAAACAGGUCAAUUUCAGGCAUUCGAUGACAAAAAUAAAAUAACAUUUUAUAUUGAACACUGGCUCAUUUCUUAUUUGCUUAUCUCUUCAUGAUGGAUUUUAACAUUUCAUCAAACAUUUAUGCUCCUUUUUUAUUGAUUUUAUUCUUCAGGGCAAGAUAGACUUUUUCCAGCAAAAUAAACUACUAGUAUAUUGCAGGACCAGAUCUUUAAACAACUUGAAUAGGGAGGGAGGGCAUUGUAAGGUAAGCAUCACCAAUAAUUUGAUUUUGACUCCAGGAAGUGGGAAGGAACCAGCCCCCUACCUUCCAAACAGAACAUCCCCCCUGCAAGUUGUACCACAUAGAGGGUUCUUAGUGUUGCUUUUGUGUACGAAGAAAAAAGGCCCAAUAAUGAGACACAAGCCUGCGAUUUCUGGAUAAGUUAUCAAUUUCCUGUGGUUGUUGUUAUCAAGAUGUCUGUUUGAGUUUAAAGUCUGGUCAUAUUUGUCUUUUUAUCACAUACUAAGUGAUUCUGUCUGCUGAAGUUAAUAGUAACUUAUUUAGAGCAUCCCGUGUUGUAAAUGUAGAGAAAAUUUAGAGCCGAAUUUG